CUUUCUUCAACCUUUCUUCAACCUUUCUUCAUUUUCUAAAAAGGGUCUGGUUGAUCAGUGGUUGAAAUUCUACAAUUAUUCAUGGCCAAUGAAAUAAGCAUUGAAUAUGGGGAGUUUGAGGAUUGGCGAGGGAAAAAAGCAGAUCCUACAAAACAUGGUGGUGUUAGAGCUUCAAGCAUUGCUUGUGUAUUAUGGGGCGCAUGCAGUUGUUGAGGUAUUGGAGAACAUGGUCUUCUUAUCCAACGCCACAAACUUUGUUACAUACUUUCUCAAGUCCAUGCAUUACCCGGCUGCUGAAUCUGCAAAUAUGGUGACAAAUUUCAUGGGAACCUCCUUUUUGCUCACCAUUUUGGGGGGUUUCAUCAGUGAUUCUUUCGUCACAAAAUUUAAGACAUUCAUCAUCUUUUGCACUCUAGAGUUGUUGGGACUAAUCCUGCUGACAAUUCAAGCUCAAGACAGUCGGCUGCAGCCCGCUAUAAAUAACAAGCCUUCCAGGUCCCAAGAGGCUAUCCUUUAUACAGGUCUUUAUGCCAUUGCAGCCGGUGUUGGUGGCGUUAAGGCCGCCUUGCCUGCUCACGGUGCUGAUCAGCUUGACCACAGCAACCAGCGUCUUAUCUCUUCCUUCUUCAAUUGGUUCUUCUUUUCAGUAUGUUUUGGUGGCCUCAUCGCCUCUACUGUCAUGAUUUGGAUCGAAGAAAACUUAGGUUGGAAUUGGAGUUUCAAGAUUUCAGUGGUGACAUUAAGUGUAGCACUUUGCAUUUUCUCAAUGGGGUUUCCAAUUUAUAGAUACAAACGCCCAGGCGGAAGUCCACUGACAAGAAUUUAUAAGGUGUUAGCUUCUGCCAUUGGAAACAGGAAAGUGUCACUAUCAGAGGCAGAGAACAUUGAAAUUUUCGGAAACAGAAACCAUGAUAAGUCCAGGUUCUUAAAUAGAGCAUUAAUUGGUGACACCGUUACAGCAAAUGAGGUUGAGGAAACAAAGACGUUCCUGGGCCUCCUCCCCAUCUUUGCAAGCACGAUUAUGAUGAACUGCUGCCUAGCCCAAUUGAUGACAUUCUCAGUGCAACAAGGGAACAUCAUGAAUAGAUCCCUUAACAAUUUCAAGAUCCCUGCUCAAUCAUUAUCAGUAUUUCCCUUAAUGAUCAUGCUUGCUUCAAUACCCUUGUACGAAUAUUUGGUACGCUUGUUCAGAAUAAAAAACAACCUUCCUAGCAAGUUUAACAUGUUCCAACCACUCAGGAGGAUUGGAUUGGGGCUGGCUCUAGCAUCAGGGUCUAUGGCUGCGGCUGCUACAGUUGAGGCAAAGAGGCGUGAGGCGGCAAAUAACAAUGUCAUUUUAUCUGUUUUCUGGCUGGGGUGGCAAUACUUGCUGCUAGGCAUAUCAGACAUGUUAACUCUAGGGGGAAUGCUUGAAUUUUUCUACUCAGAGGCUCCUGAUAGCAUGAGAAGUAUAAGUACUGCACUGUCCUGGAUCUCGACAUCCAUGGGGUACUUCAUUAGCUCGGCGCUGGUAACCAUAAGCAACUCAGUCAGUGGGCAUUUUGGCAAAGAAUGGCUUGGAGGAAAUGAUCUGAAUCACUCCCGUUUGGAUCUAUUUUAUACCCUUCUUUGCAUUCUUAACUUCCUCAAUUUGUUGAACUACAUUUUCUGGGCUAAAAGGUACUAGCUAUUUGAGCACCGCAGCUUGGUUUAACUCAACUAUGAGCUUGGUACUUUAAAGCUUUAGGUUGUAUCAAUGCCUGUUGUUCUUAGACAGUUAGGAU